AUGGCGUUUCAUUUUACCCCCAUGAAGCUGACACCGCUGGACCAUACGAUGCCAAUAUGCUACAUAGCAUUUUUCUACGCCUUGGUGUUGGAUGACCCACAACAGGGCGUGCCCGUCCUUGAAGAAGGUCUCCGUCGCUUACUCAAAGAAUGCCCCUUCCUGGCAGGAAAUAUGAUCAGAACAAGUUCGAAAGGGCCAAAGGCCAACGUACGUGAGGUGCGACCUCCCACCUUGGAUUCGUUGCGCGAAUUCCCCAUCCUUCAGGUAGCACAUCACACGGAUCAAUACAUCGUCAAAAAAGUUCACAAUCCCGGUGAACGGGUCUCGAACGAUUCUUUAUUCGAUGAGCCAUAUCUGCCAUUACCACUGUCGGUGGCGACAAGGGAACUAUGCCCUAUAAUUCGCUGGCAAGCGAACAUUCUGCAGGAUGGCAUAUUUGUGGCUGUCUGCUUUCAUCAUUCGGUAUUUGACGCUGCCGGGUUCUAUUUCAUCCAGGAUGCAUUGGCACGAUGCUGCCGCGAGCCUAACAGUCCCACUCUAACCUUACCCUUGGGACGGGACCUGCUUGAAGGAAGGCGAAGAAUGGUACACGGUCCCAUGGUCAGCGAAGAGGGGCGCGAGGCACAGACUGGGGACUCGCAGGCCCUCAAAAUUGCCAACUUUAACUCGGUUGAAGGGCUAGUCAGUCGCCGACUAAUUGUGCAGCUCGCUAGUGUAGAAUACCUCAAGGGUAUCUGUAACGCAAUCCUGCAUGACCGGUCACAAGAGCAAUACCUGACAUCCAAUGACAUGAUAUCCGCCCUGCUAUGGCUCGCUAUUAUCAGGGCACGGUAUGAAUCACCAUCGUAUGGCGCCAGCGUGCAGAACAACCAGCCUACUGAAAGUUCGUUGAUACUCAUCACUGAGAUUCGUCGAACCUUAACACCGCCACUCCCAAAUUCUUACAUGGGAAAUGGGAUCAUUCAUUCAGCGACGACGUCACCCGUGCAGCCUGCUCUGGAUUCUGAUGUGCCAAACACAUCCCAUCCCCAAUCAUCAGCUUUGACCAAGGGUGAUGUCCAACUUCUUGUCGAUCUCGCACUGAAGGUUCACGCUACGCAGUCGAGCGUGGAUAAUGCUUACGUGAAGGGAAUCAUUCAAGAAAAACAGAGGAGUCUAGAUUGGAGUCCCACCUUUAAGCAGGGUGAUAUCAUAUCCACCAGUAUUCGACGCAUGGGUAUAUAUGGACUAGACUUUGGUGCCACCUUGGGACGCGUGGUAGAGUUUGAUAGCCCAGAUAACCGGAUUGACGGGACAGUCUGCAUUCUACCUGCCCGGUCCACGUCAAUACUAGAACUGCGGGUCACGCUACCGCCAGACACCAUGCUCCGGCUACUACAAGGCCCACUUCUGCGGUUCGUGAUGCGAAGGAUGCUCGGCCGGUUGUGA